GGGAGGCGCAAGAUGGCGGUGCUCGGGCCGCGCGCGUGUUUCCCCGGCGGCGGGAUGGGGCGGACGGUGCUGGUGCGGGGGCUGCCCCCCUCGGCCCGCGCCGCCGACCUGGAGCGGGAGUUCGGGCAGGCGGGGCCGGUGCGGCGGGCGGUGGCCGUGACGGCGCCCGGCGGCGAGGCGUGCACCGGGCUGGGCUUCGUCAGCUUCUCCCUGCCGGAGGACGCGCAGCGGGCCUUGCGCGAGAUCCGCACCUUCGGCGGCCGCCGGGUCAGCCUGGCGCUGGCGCGGCCCAAGAGGCGGAGGGCGGCCGGAGGCGGCGGCGGCGCAGAGGAGGCGCCCCCCGAGGCUCCCCGGCAACCGCAGGAGCCCCCCAAGGCCCGGAUCCCCCCCAAAAAGGCCCGGCUGAUCGUCCGCAACCUCAGCUUCAAGUGCACGGAAGACGACCUGAAGAGCGCCUUUGCUCCCUUCGGGACAGUCCUGGAAGCCUCCCUGCCCAGGAAGCCUGAUGGAAAGCUGCGCGGUUUUGCCUUCGUGCAGUUCCGGAAUGUCCUGGAAGCAGGAAAAGCCCUGAAGGGGAUGAACAUGAAGGAGAUCAAAGAGCGACCCGUGGCUGUGGAUUGGGCUGUGGCCCGGGAGAAGUUCCAGGCUGCGCAGGCAGAAGGCGGAGGCGUCCCCGCUGGUGAGGAGAAGAAGAAAGGCCAGCCGGGCAGCGCGGGUGGGAGCGAAGGGACGCAAGGGAGACCGGAGGCUUCUGGGCCAGGGAGGCCCAGCAGGGACCCCAGGCUCCCCAGCCCCCCCGGGGAGAGCCAAGACGAAGAGCAGGAGGCCAGCUCCAUGGAGCAGGAGGAGGGACCCGGCGAGGAUGGGAGUUCCGAGGAGGAGGAGGAGGAGGAGGAAGGGGAGGAGAGCCUGGAAGAAGAAGAGGAAGAGGAAGAAGAAGGAGCAGGAGAAGACCCUCCCCCAAAGCAGAAGCAGUGCCCCUCGGACGUGGCAGAGGGCCGGACUGUCUUCCUCAGGAACCUGUCGUUCGACACGGAAGAGGAAGAGCUGGGGGAGCUGCUGGAGCAGUUUGGGGACCUGAAAUACGUCCGGCUUGUGCUGCACCCCGACACUGAGCACUCCAAAGGCUGCGCCUUUGCCCAGUUCGCCACCCAGGAAGCUGCCCAGAAAUGUCUCCAGGCGGCGCAGGAGGAGAGGGAGGAUCAGGGGCUUCACCUGGGGGGCCGCCGUCUCCGGGUGGACCUGGCUGUCAGCCGUGAGGAGGCCCAGCGGCUGCGAAGGCCAAAGAGCCCCAAGCCCACCGGCACCCGCAACCUCUACCUGGCCCGGGAAGGCUGUGAGGGGGCCGGGCCAGGGGAAGGGGAAGGGGGGCCCUGGGUGGGCUGAGCUCUGACGGGGUCUCCCCUCCAGUUUGAGGAGCUGAAGCGCCGGAAGCUGAAGGACCAGAACGUCUUUGUCUCCCAGACGCGGCUCUGCAUCCAUAACCUGCCCAAGAGCCUGGAUGGCGCCGCUCUGCGGAAGGUCAUGCUGCAGGCGGUGGGUGGCGCGCCGGGCGCCAUCCUCAAGGAGUGCCGGGUGAUGCGGGAGCUGAAGGGGCGGGGCCAGUCCCUGGGCUACGCCUUCGUGGAGUUCCAGCAGCCCCAGCAGGCCCUGACUGCGCUGCGCCAAGUCAACAACAACCCCCGGCUCUUUGGGGACCAGAAGCGGCCCAUUGUGGAGUUCUCCCUGGAGGACGGGCGGAAGCUGAGGCUGAAGGAGCAGCGUGCGGAACGCAGCCUGCAAAAGCUGAGGCAGAAACAAGCAGCCGCCGGGCCAGCCAGUCAGGGGUCAUCGCCCGGCCCUGGACGGCCAGGGGCCCCUCAGAAGCCCCCCAAGGGCUUGAAGAAGGCCCUGGGGUCCCAAGGGAAGGCUGGGGGCCCUCAGGCUCCCCCAGAGCCCCGUGGACAGAAGAGGAAGAAGCGGCCUGGGCCCUGGCCAAGCCUGAAGGCCACCGAAGGAGCCGCCUCCUGGUCAGGCUUCCAGACCCGGCAGGAGCAGGAGACGGUGGAGCUGCCGGACGGCACGAAGCGGCGGAGGGUCCUGGCCCUGCCCUCCCACCGGGGGCCCAAGAUCAGGAAUCGUGACAAGGGCAAAGCGCAGGGGGCCCCUCCCGAGCGGGGGAGGAGGAAGAAGAAGAAGAAGAAGGCUGGGCCCAGAGAGCGGAAGGCGCCCGGAGCUGCCCCCCAGGGCCCCCAAAAGAAGCAGGCUGGCCACGGCCGGGCGGAGGUUCGCUUCGAGCAGCUGGUGGAGCGGUACAAGCAGCGGAUUCUGGGCACUGGCACGGCCGCCCGGCAGCUCAAGAGGAGCAAGUGGUUCGAGGACUGAGGCGCCCCUCCCCAAGGAAGAGAGCUCCCCCCCCCCGGGGGGGGGGGGGGGGGGGGGGGG